AUGCUACCCAUGAACCCAGGGGGUGAAUUUUGGUUUGCUAUUAUAGAAAUUGCCAUUGAACCUGAGAAAUGCGUAUGCAGCUAUGGUAUUAAGGCCGUUGAACUUCGUCAAAAGAAUCAAGAUGAGUUGCUGUCCGCCAUUGAGUCUUACAAGAAGGAGCUCGCUACUCUUCGUGUUGCUCAAGUGACUGGAGGAGCUCCCGCUAAACUCGCUCAGAUCCGUGUUGUUCGCAAGAACAUUGCUCGUGCUCUGACCGUUCUGAGCCAGAAGAAGCGACAGGGUCUGAGAGAGAAGUACGCCAAAGCUAAGCGUCUUCCUACCGACCUUCGUGUAAAGAAGACCCGUGCCAUGCGCCGUGCUUUGACCAAGGCUCAGGCUGCCAAGAAGACCCUCCGCCAGCAGAAGAAGGAGCGCGCUUUCCCCAUGAGAAAGUACGCGUUGAAGGCUUAAGGGGGUGUAUAUUUGGGCAUGGGUAGAGGUAUUCCUCUGUCAUGGUUU